AUGGAUGUGACAUGUUUUAAGUGUGGGAAGAAUGUUCAUGCAAAAGAUGCAACAAAAGCACUGGCACUGCAUUUGCGUGCUUGCCAUACAACAUCAGGUCCUGGUGAAAAACUUGUUUGUGGACAACAUGGAUGCCAGAGAACAUUCAAUUUAAUGAAUUCGUUCUUGAGACACAUUAGGCGCGAGCACACAAAUAACAAUUUACACGAGCACGUGGCUGCUGGUCAGCAACCACAAGACGAACCAAUGGCAAUGCAUGUUGAUCCUGUAAGUGACCAUGAUGAUGACCUGGAGGAAGAGGACGAAAAUUAUGCUGAAACUUUUAGCAUAGACAACUUGAAACAACUUGCUCUCUCCAUGAUAAUGAAGCUUAAAUCUACUGCUGCUGUGCCUUUUACUGCAAUUGAACAUGUCAUACGUGGUACAAAGGUUAUGUUCCAAGACACCCUUACAACACUUAAGCAUAAUAUGUUGCAUGUAAUGCAAAUGCACGAGGUUGAUACAACGUCAGACGAUGUUCAACGUCUGUGCGCAAAGUUUUCAUCUUUCGAAAACCCAUACUUAGGUAUUGAAACACCAAGGCAACAAAUAAAUUACAUGGUUGACAAUCUUAUGUUGGUUCUUCCAAAAGAGAUAGCAUUGGGCACGCGGAUAGAUCAGGUAGAAGAUAGGAUUACUGGCGAAUAUGUACCGAAGGUAGUAACAGAAACAUUUCAGUACAUCCCAGUACUAGAUGUUCUUAAGCUUGUUCUUAAACCAGAAGUCCAAGGCCUAAUUGAUAGAGAAAAGACCUCGCCACCUGGUUAUCUUAGAGGAUACCAGGAUGGGCAGCAAUACCAACAACAUGGUAUUUUUAAAACCCACCCUAAAGCAUUGCGACUUCAGCUUUUCUACGAUGACGUAGAAGUUACAAAUCCCCUUGGUAGCAAGACAGGCAUCCAUAAAUUAGGUCUCUUCUACUACACGAUUCAAAACCUGCCUUUUAACGUAAAUACUUCCAUGAAUAGUGUGUUUCUUUUAGCUGUUUGCUAUACUUCUGAUAUAAAGAAGUAUGGCUUCCAGCCAAUCCUUGAUCCCUUCAUCAAGGAAAUAAAACAACUGGAAAGUGACAGUGGGGUCAAACUUCAUUGGGAUGGUAGUGUUUGUGAGGUUCAUGGUACUUUGGUCUCGUACAGUGCAGAUACCUUGGCUGCACAUGAAUUGCUGGGUUUCUUGAGUCCGUCUGCUAAUUUGCUAUGUAGGUUAUGCAAGGCAACCCGAGAGACGAUCCAAAUCUAUUUUGAGGAAGAUGACUUUGAACAGCGUGAAAUAGAUGACCAUGAUGACUCUGUUGAAGCUGCUGCCCUUCUCCGAAAUGGAGAUUCUGGGACAGGUGUCCGCACUUCAUGCUCUUUAAACAAUUUGCAGAACUUCCACUGUGUUACAAAUUUUAAUCUUGAUGUGAUGCAUGAUAUGCUUGAAGGUGUGUGCCCCUAUGAAGUAAAGCUAUUGCUUAACCACUUUAUAUUCUCUGAGCAGUUCUUCACAUUGUCAGAAUUGAACCAACGUAUAAGAUCUUUCCACUAUUCCAAAACUGAUAAGAAGAAUAAACCAACUGUUCUAGCAUCGGAUCGAUUGCGAAACAGCAAGGACCAUAAAUUGGCGCAAAAAGCAGCACAGAUGUGGUGUCUUGUUCGAAUGCUUCCACUUCUUGUUGGAGAUCGAAUUCCACAAGGGAAUAUUCACUACAGUCUGUUGCUAUUGCUCCUUCAAUGCAUGGAUAUCAUAUAUGCCCCUUUGGUCGCCUUAAGUCAAACUGUUUACCUGAAGCACUUGAUUGCUGAGCAUCAUACACUCUUUAAGAUGCUUUUCCCUGAGAGCAGAAUGAUCAACAAGCAACACCACAUGAUACAUUAUCCAAAUUGCAUACGAAUGUCUGGCCCCAUGGUUACAAUGCAGUGCUUGAAGUAUGAACUGAAACAUGGUUUCAGUAAACGGGUAGCAUCUGUUAAUUGCAAUUUUAAGAAUAUUUGCAAGUCAGUUGCAUGCAAACACCAAGUUUUGCAAUGCGCUGCAUGGUCUGGAGGUGCAAUGAGGGCUGACAUUGAAUGUUUAAAAGGGGGCAUGACUGCAGUUGAGUCACUGAAAGGAAGUGAGAUGGUCAUGGAAUUUCUGCAGCUUGAAAAAGAAAGUGAAGUGUUUGUAGCAGGCAAAGUUUCAUUAUUUGGAACUAACUACAAACCAAAUCUUUUUUUACCUACAGUUGUAGAGAAUGACACCCCACAAUUUUCAAAAAUAAGUAGUAUUUUGGUUGGUGGACAGACGUCCGAUGAUGUGUACUUUGUUCUUGAGAAAUAUAAGAAUAAGGGGUUUGUAGCACAUUUCCAUUCUUUUGAAAUUGCAGAGUUAGAGACCCCUGAAUUUACUAUUGUUCCUCCAAGUCAACUUUUAGACCACCUUCCUUUAUCUGGGUUAAGAACAUAUGAACCCAAUUCGCCAAUAUACAUAUCUCCUCGUUAUUCUCUAAUGCAGAUACAAGAUUAA